AUGCAGGGAAGCUCCAAAACCGACAGCAAUGCCUCGUCUAAGAACAAAAAGGACGAGCCGGCGGUGGAAUUGACUCCCCUUGAGAGAAUACUGCAAAAUGCUGGGCCUCUUCGGGAAGAUGGAAGCGACAACUACUGCAAUUCGAUCCUUCAAGCGUUAUACUACUCGGAAUCUUUCCGAGAGAAUGUCGUGAACUACCCGCCUUCGAAUAACACGUCAGAAGGCAAUACGAGCAAGGUCAAAGUCUCGAUACGGCCACCGGUACAAGUCAACGGAAAUGCGGCGACGCCCGGCAAGCAAAUGCCCAAACCGCGGCAAGGGUUCACUCCUGGACCAAUACCGAUGCCAAUAACGCAACCGAUACGACCCGAAGACAGGCCUGAUGCCCCAGAAUACAAGAAAAAGCAGGCCAUGAUCAAAGGACCCGUGUUGGAGUUGGCCCAGGAAAAUCCAGAUGCGUACGGCAUGGAGGAAUGCACGUUCACCGGGCUCAAGGAUAUUUUUACUGCUCUGAUUCAAAGCAACUCCAGGACCGGUGUCAUCAGCCCACAGCGCUUUCUGGAUAUCUUCAAGCGCGACAAUGAAAUGUUUCGCAAUUCUAUGCACCAAGACGCACACGAAUUUUACGGCCUUGUAUUGAACGAUGUUAUCUCGAAUGUGGAGGCGUACGCUAGGCGUAUGCAGGAGAGCAGGAAGGAGAUUGGAACGACAUCGUCUCCAUUGAACCAACAAUCGUCAUCUCCAAGCCUUACGAGGAGCGUGAUGGCAUCCAACCUCAGGACGCCGGAGACAAGCUGGGUGCACGACAUUUUUGAAGGCGUCCUAGUUUCCGAAACCAGAUGCUUGACUUGCGAGACGGUGUCACAACGAGACGAAACGUUUUUGGAUCUCUCAAUCGAUCUGGAAGAGCAUUCUUCGGUAACGUCAUGCCUACGGAAAUUCUCCGCAGAGGAGAUGCUUUGCGAGAGGAACAAGUUUCACUGCGAUCGUUGUGGCGGCUUGCAAGAGGCUGAGAAGAGGAUGAAGAUUAAGAAGCUACCAAAGGUUUUGGCGUUGCAUCUGAAGAGGUUCAAGUAUACCGAGGACUACAGCCGACUACAAAAGCUGUUUCAUCGUGUCGUCUACCCAUAUUAUCUUCGCAUGUUCAAUACGACGGAUGAUGCUGAAGACCCGGACAGGAUUUACGAGUUAUACGCAGUCAUUGUCCAUAUUGGAGGUAAUGCCUACCACGGACACUACGUGUCAAUUAUCAAAACCAAGGAUCGGGGCUGGGUUUUGUUCGAUGACGAAAUGGUCGAGCCCGUUGACAAGAAUUUCGUGGCGAACUUCUUUGGUGACAAGCCAGGCAUGGCUUGCGCCUACGUACUAUUCUACCAGGAAGUCACCUUUGAGAAGAUGAGGGAAGAGUUGGAUGCCGAAGGACUAGAAGAGAUGAGGCUAGCCACCCAAGCAGCCGACCUAGCAGCCGGUGCGGAACAAACGAACGGGACCGGAAAUGACUCCUUAACAAAGGUCAACAGUCAGCCGACAGUACCAGUGGAAGAUCUUGACCCAUCGACCCCCGGACCCGAGCCUUUCUCCCAUCCUCUAGCUGCGGCACCACCUCCGGCCCCUGCCGUCAUAACGAAGGCGGACGAGGCAGCCACGGUCCCGCCCAAAUCCAAGGAUGAACUUGCCAAGGAGAAAAAGGAACAGAAAGCCCAAGAGAAAGCACAGGAAAAGGCCCGAAAAGCCGCCGAGAAAGAGGCAGCAAGGCUCGCAGAAAAGGAGCGUCUUGAGAAGGUUGCAAAGAAGCGCGGAGUACAGCAAAAAGAGCAGGAGCAGCUGGCAAAGGUCAUGCGCGAGAGCAAACAGCUGGCAGCCGAGGAAGAAAAGAGGCGCAAGAAGGAGGCGGCAGCCGCUGAAGCAGGCACUAAGAGUGGCCCCAGCAGUCCCAGGCUGUUCAAUCGCGCCGGCCUGGGUGGCAAGUCUCUCUCACGCAAGAGCUUUGCUUUUCUGGGAAAGACCGGCGGUGGUGGUGGUGGUGGUGGUGGUGGCGGUGGCAGCGACAAGUCCGAGAAAAGCAGCGACAAAGACAAGAGUGACAGGGCGGAAAGCAGCAGUACAGAGCAGAGGAGCAACGAAAGUAUGACCAGCAACGGCGUGGCUGAAAGCAACGCGAGUAGCCGCGCGACUACUGGUGAUGUUCAUGGUGGCAACGGCUUUGGCGGAUUCUCGUCGUCGUCGUCGUCGUCGCCGUUAUCGCCCACGUCACGAGGACCGAACGGCAUUUAUUCCCAUAAUCACCACCUGUCGAGCUCGCCAAUGAGAACCAUGACGACGCCAGAGGGUAUCAAGAGGGACGUGCGAGCGUCUAGGUCGGCCUCGACGUCCUCCAUACUCGGCCCGCCCCCUACGGCUCCGGAGAGGUUCGAGAAGCCGCCGCUGCGAGACCGGUUCAGCUUCAGCAUGGGGAGGAAGAAGAGUUCACGGUUCCUAUCGUAGUGCGAUAGGCCUUUUGGAUGUUUAUCUGGUAGUGGGGUUGGUGGUCUGGAGGCGGUAGAGGAGUGCUCCAAUUGUAGUACGAAAAGUCGAGAAAGCAUAGGGAGUAGAUGUAGUGUAGAGGGGUGAACUAAGGGGAAAGGGGAGAGGGGGGAGUAUUGGCGUCUAGGAGCGCUACUUCUGGAAGUUGUUGGUGCAAAACCUGCAUUGCAUGGUCGAGGUGUGCGAGGAGUUGUUGAAACCCGCCGCGCCCUUAUUGAUUCUUUUCUGGCCGGCGGUGGUGGGUGGUGUGAACUUGCAAGUUUAGGGGAGCGGAAAUAAACAAAAGUAGACCAAGCAAAGUUGUUGAAAAUGAAACGAACAAAGGUUCGCUGAACCUGUGAACACUUCCGGGUCAGUCAACUGUACUGUGGUACAGUACAACUAACCGCAGCUGGGGAAUCAUGUUACCGGACGGUUAGAAGCAAGAACCCUUUUUAUGGCACUCAGGUACACUGGCGGGAAAUCUGUUAGAGGCGGUAGUAG